AUGUGGCGAGAAACGGCGAUCAGUGCGUUCAGAAUCGUGUCAGCGCUGCCGUCGUCAGCUGCUGGACGUUCGACGACGAUGAAUCCGAACCCGAACUUGGGAUUGAGGUGA